CGUGAUAAGACCUAAGUCCUUUGUACAAUAUUCAGUUCAUUAAGGCGUACUAGACAAGCAAGAUGUUGAGAGCAGUAGUGUUACUCGUGAUUGUUUCUACAGCUUUUGCUCUACUUCCUUUCAAAAUAACGGACUGCAAUACGAGUCCUAACAAAGUAGUUCAUCUUGACAAUCCCACGCUCACCAAUAUAAACCCAAUUCACAUACCUGGCAAUGAGACAGUGUCCAUAGAUGUACAAGUACUUCAACCAAUUAGUGGCAUGCAUUAUAAAGUGGAACUGACCAUCCUGAAACACGUGCUGUUUGGUUUCGUUAUCGUGCCGUGCUACGAAGAUCCCAGUCAAAAUAAAUGUACAUACGAGCUUUGUGAUAUCCUAAGCGGAAAACACUACAAUAACACUCAUCAUUGCCCGAUCGAGGUAGCAAGCAGUUCUCCAGACUUUGAAUGCGCAUGUCCAUUCAGCCCUGGUACAUACCAUCUGAACCCAACAAAUUUUCUGAUAGGGGACUUGCCUGCUGCCCUAAAAUUCCUUGCACAGGACAUGCAUCGUGUCACACAGGAGAAGUUCAUACUGAUAGAAGACAAAGAAAGGAGGCCAAAGACUGAAAUGCCAAGAUGA